AUGCGCCGUAGCUCGAGGGAGAGGCGUGCGGCGGCGGCAGCGGCCGCGGCGGCGGCCGCGGCGGCGGAGGACGCGCCAGCACCAAGCAGCGCGCCGGCGGCGCGGGGGGGCGCGGGGGGAGGGCGGGGCGCGGGGGCGGCGGCGGCCGCCGCCGCUGCCGCUGCCGAGGCGGCGGUAGAGGCGUUGGAGCCCGAGUUUCUGGAAGAUCUUCUGGCGUGCUGGGACUUCUUGCAGCUCAUGAGUGUAGCCGAGACCGAGGCUUACAACGGACCGAUCCCGUCGAUGGUACCAGGACAACCGCCCCUCCCGGAGCAGACCGAUGGCAAGGGCGGGGGCGGGGGGGGGGGGGUCUUCCUGCGCCCGGUUCCGAGCCCCCUGGGGCCGAAGGGUUUCAAGGCGCCGACCCUGCCGCAGCUGUACUCGGCGGUAUCGAGUCCGGAGCAGCGGGGCUGGCUCGACGCCCUGCAGGUCCGGCUUGUGGACAUGGUUCAAGACCAGAUGGUGUCCAGCCUCGACGAGCGGGAGGCUGCCGUGACGACCAGGCCGAACUCGCUCACCUGGCCGGAGUUCGCCCGCCAAGCGGUGUCGGCCCUCUUGCUCAACUGGGCGGAGCAGGACGCAAUAUUCGGCGACACUUCAGGAGCACCCUCCCAAUCACAGGCGGCGCAGGGGAGAGCGGCGAGGAAGAAGCUUGGGAAAGGCGGCGGGAAGAUUGAGCCGCACCACCUGUCUCCCGCGUGCGUGUGGCUCGACGCUCAGCACGACGCGAGACACGGGGCGAGGUUCAUCGAGAGCAUCACAGGCAACGCGGACAACCCGCCGCCUGCCAAGAAGAAGGUCAAGUCUCCGCCCCCGCCGUCGGCGACGGGCAAGCCCACCACGGACGGCGGCAAGAAAGGGGAGCCCGGAGAGGGAGAAGGAGGGGGAGGUGAGGCGGUCGCGGCGGCGGCGGCGGUCGCCGGGGGGGAGCCGCCAAAGGCAGCGGAAGGGAAGCCGAAGGCGGAGGCGGCGGUGGUGGCUUCGCCUUGGGCAGGAGCGGCGGCGAAGAAGAAGCAGCAGCAGCUGCUGCUUGCGAACGGAGGCGGAGGUAAGAGCGCCUCCCCGUUCGUCUUGUCCUCCCCGCCCGCCGCGGCCCCGGAGGCGGGGACGGUAUCGGCGCCGGAGAGCUCGAAGAAGCCAUUGCCGUCCGCGGCAACAACAGCGACAACAACAAAGGCGGAAACAACAGGGACAACAGCAAAGGCGGAACCAGCAACAGCAGGAGUGGAAGCAGCAGAAGAAGCGACAACAGCAGGAGUGCAAGCAGGAGAAGAAGCUGCUACUGCUGCGUCGCCGGCCCCGACGGCAGCCGUCACCGAGAAUAGGGGCGCGGCGGGAGCCCUGACGCCGGCGAGGGCAUUGCUGGGGACGUCGGCCCGCGUAGCAGCGCUGGCGCUAGCGGCGGAGACAGCGGCGAAGGCGGCGGCGGAAAAGGCCGCGGCGGAAAAGGCCGCCGCCGCGAUAGGGGCGGCGAAGGACGCAGCCGCUGCCGCUCGGAGGCUGAAGCUGGAGGCGGCGGAGUCGGCGGCGCGGCGGGAGACGGGGGGGGUGCUAGGGGGAGAGGCGGCGGCGGCGGCGGGGCUGGACGAGGACGAGGAGGACACGCCGGAGAGGAACCCCGGGCCGGAUGCGGCGGUGGUGAGGGCCAUCAAGCUGCGACUGGAGCAGUGGCGCAAGGAUAACACAAAGAGCGUGGAGCAGGAAAACCUGGCCAGGAUUGCUCGGUACGGCGUGGCGGGCGGCGGCGACUCUAGGUUCGGAGGGCAGCUAUCCAGCGUGCUCGGGUUGCAGAUGCCUAGCGCUGCCGCCGGUACUGCUUCGAAGUACGGAGCUCAGAACAUCCGGAGGUUCUUGGCCCACGUACACGCCAUUUCCAUCGCCCCCCCCUGGGUAGCGGCCCUGCUGACGGCCAUGCGCGUACCGACCAAAAACGCCGUCCAGGUCAAGAAGGUCAUCCAGGAAGCGAUCGAGGUGAACAAGGGGCUGUCCACCCCGAAGCCUGUCCUGGAGGCCAUGGCCAGGUCCAUCAGCCCCGACAUCUACAAGAGCUUCACGGCUCGAUAUACCAAGGACAUCGCUCUCGAGGCUCUCGUGGAUCACCUGAUAGACAACCCGUCCGAUGUCGUCGGGCUUGAGCUCGGCCCCGGCGACGAGCCCCUCCUACCGGGCACCCUGCUGCCCAUGUGCCGGGCGCUAGUGCGCUAUCUCGCGACGGCACCGGAGAGUAUGGCGUUCCGCAGGCCCGUGGACACAACCGUUUUCACCGAUUACCACAAGUUCGUGGAAGACCCGUGCGACCUCCGCACCAUCGACAGGCGCCUGGAGGCUAGCGAGUACGGGCAGAGCGUGGUGCGCUUCGCCAACGACGUGAGAUUGGUGUGGCGAAACGGCAAGCGGUACAACAAGGAGGGUUCCGAGGUGUGGAGCGCAGCGGACAAGCUAGCCAAGGCGUUCGACGUUCUCCUGGAGAAAUGGGUCAUGGGCCCGUGGCGGGCGAAGAGGCCGAAAGAGGACAGCAAGGGCAAGAGGAAGGCCGAAGAAGAGGACGGUGUUCCCGAGGAGCUCUUGGCCGCCCUUAACUUCGCCGAUCUGGAGGGAUCGGUGCCGCCUUGGGCAGCGGGGGGAAAGAACUGGGACCCGGAGAACGGGGGCCUCACGGAGCGGCACAUUCAGACGUUGCUCGCUAGGGUGCCCUGGUCCGAGGGCUGCGCGCUGUGUGGCCGCGACGAUAGCCCAGACAAGACGUUGAUCUGCGACCGCUGCGACCGAGAGAUCCACAUGUUCUGCCUCGAGCCCAAGCUCAAGAAGGCUCAUCAUCCGUCUCCUGGCGCAGCAGCAGCUGUUCUUGGCGUUCCUGGAACCGGUCGACCUCGUGGCGACGACGAGAUUGACGGCUUCUUCAGCAGCGUCGCCGCCGCCGCUUCCGGCGAGGUCUCUGACGGGGUGGUGGCGACGCCGGCAACGGCGGCGGAACCUCACGACGUGAGCAGCAGCAGCAACGGAGGGCUCGGGGUUCAGAACAACGGCGGUGACCCCAACGACUUGAGGGGGGGCGCCGGUGACGAGACUGGGGUUGUGCCACUCGGCCCGGCGACGGCGACGGCAGUAUACGAUGGCGGCGGCGUCGUCAACGGGGGCGGGUUUGGCUACGACGGCGGGGGGCAGCAGCAGCACGUGGGCGUUUCCAACAACGCUGGCAAGGAUGUGAGCGGCGGCGGUGGCGGUGGCGGCGGUGGCGGCGGUGGCGGUGGUGGCGGAGGCGGUGGUGGCGGCAGCCGGGCCAACGAGAGCGGGCCUUUGCCCGCCGCACCGGCCGCAGGGGGGCACGCGGAGGGGAACGAGGAACAGGAGGAGCAGGGGUUGUCAGUCGUGGCGACCGCGGUGCCGUUUGCCACGGCGACCGCUCCUUUCGACCACGUCUCUUUCUUCAGGGACAUGAAGCUGAUCUGGAAGAACGCCCAGAAGUUCAACCACGAUGGCUCUCCUCUCUGGGUGGCGGCGGAACACUUCAAGAACCAGCUCGACCGCUUGUACAAGGAGCGUCUGCUGAGCGUGGUCCAAGAGAGAACGCCGGCCCUCCCCCGCCAAACCAUGGAAGACUUCCUGGCGACGCCUCCUCCGUGGGAGGUCCUUUGCUGCGCCUGCGGCGCGAACGCAGACCCCGAGGCAAAGAUCAAGAAGACGCCCAUCAAGAAGGGGAAGGGGAGCAAGAAGGCAGCGGCCGCCGCUGCCGCCGCCGCCGCCGCGGAGGAAGAGGUCUGGCCGGCGCUUCGGUGCUUCAUCUGCCGGCGGCCGCGCCACGUGGAGUGCUUGCUGCUCCCGGGGCAGGCUAGGAAACGGCACGGCGUCUGGACCUGCCCCACCUGCAAGCACCAGCCGUUCUCGCCUCUGGGGCUCCCUCCCAGGAUCCCCAAGCACCACCAGCAGCAACCGCCGACUUCGCCGAGGAAGACCACCGGUGGUGGCGGCGGCGGCGGCGGCGACGUGAUACCGAUGCCGCCCAAGGACGCGCUGCAGCCGGGGGCGAAGGAAGAACACCGUCUCGAAGUGGCUGCCGCCGCUCCGUUCGGAGAAUCGAACGGUGCCGUCGCCGCCGGUGUGCCGACGACCACCCCGUCUUCUCCCUCGAAAGGCGGCGGCGACGGGAACCCGGCCGCGGGCGGUAGGAACAGGAGCACCAGCGUCGGGAGCGGGUAUUCGGUUGGCGAUGGUGGCGGCGAUGGCGGCAGCGGCGAGGUCUCGAGGCGCACGGGACGGCAGCGCGUCGCCAAGAAGUUCGGCGAUGAGUUCGACGAGAUUCCGCUGUUCCGAAAGUCAGCCAGUCACCACAAGGCCGCCGCACCCGUUGCGACGCCGGCCGCUGAAGUGAUCACGGAGGAGCCCAGCGCGGCGGCGUAUCAGCGCGAGGAGCGAGAUAAGCCCGUGCUGGGUGUCGUGGCAGAGGAGGAGGCUAGGGAAGCCAAGCCUACCGCCUCGGAAGAGGAGAAGGAGGGGGGCGAGGGUGAGGCGAACGGGGAGCCGCGGCCGCCGCCCCCCGGCGAUGGGCCGGAGCAGGUCCCGGGGAGGCAGGACACGGCUACGACGGCGAGGGACGACAGCGGUCCCGCCCAGCUCGAGAACGGCGGCGCGGUCGAGGAGGCUACGAAUGCGCACCCGGCCACCGCCGCAGAGGCGCCGGCGGCGCUACCGGAGGAAGGAGCGGGACUCCCACGAGGCGGUGCGACAACCACCGCCGUACCCGCGGAUGGUGGCGGUGGCGCCGGGGACCCUCCGCCGGUCGGCGCGGCGGGGCAGGGGCCCGCCGCUAAGGCAGUGGUGUCAGCGGAGGUCGCCGUUAGCGCGGCGUCGGGAUCGGCAUCCUUUUCGUCCUCCGAGCAGACGGGCGCGACCGCCAACGGCGCCCUCUCGCCGAUGUCGGUAGACGGGGAGAAGGCAGGCGACUCCGGUUUCACGGAGCCGAAGCGCGAAGCGGGGACUUCAGCGGCGGCGGCGGCGGCGGCAGCAGAAGCGUCUGGCAAGAUGGAAACGGGGUUUGCUACCACCCUUGCGGCGGAGUCGCAGCAGCAGCGGUCCCCGCCAGCGUCGCCGUCCCUCGCCCCCCGCGAGAACGGGGCCAAGCCCCCGGACGCGAAGGCCAGGGCCGCGGCAGGCGCGAAGAAGGGGGGAAGCGGAAGCAGCGGCAGGAAGAGCUCGGGGUCGUCUCCUGCGGGGAAGAGCGGCGGCGGGAGUACGGCCAGCUCUGCCGGGGAGUCGCCGAAGGCCGAGGUGGUCCUCGCGGAGAAGAACUUGCCGAGGGUCAAGGUCCCGCGGGCGGAGCUGCUGGGUGCCGUUGUUGCUCGGUUGGCGGUACGGCGGAGCCUAGGGGAGGAGGAGGGCGACGCUGGUUUGGACGGCGGUGGCGGUGGCGGCGUUAGCUGCGACGACAUGUCGGAGAGCGACAGCGGGGAGGAGGAGGAGGGGAGGAGGAGGAGGAGGAAGGGGACGAAGGGCGGGGAGGCCACCGUGGUGCGGGAGGCGGUCGUGUCCGCGUUCGACGAGAUCGAGGGGAAGUACGUGCUGGUCAACACCCACGAGGAGGAGGAGAAGCUGACGCUGGAGGAGCUGGAGGUCGCUCUCCAGCAGUCGCAGGUUCUGUACGGCUGCGCCGAGAGGAUGCUCCCGCUAAGCCCGUCGGAGCUGGAGAAAGUGCGCGACGGGGAGCUUAACGCCUCCACCGCGGUGAAACCCCCCGCCGAGGACACCGCGCUGGCCGGCACCGGCGCCGGCGGCAGCGGCGGGGGCUACGGGACCAGCGGCGACACGCUCGACUCCAAGUCGCUCGGGCUGGCCUCCCUGCUGCGGCGGAAGAGCUACGCGGUGUUCACCCCGGCGGAGCGCGCGCGGCUGCUGCGGGGGCUCUGCGACCUGGCCGUCUCGACGUCCCCCAUCAAGGAGCACUUGCAGCUGCUUCAGGAGCGCGUGCUUCGGCUAGAGACGGAGGCCAUAGCCUCGGAGAAGCAGGCGAGCAGCAUGUCGGAGAGACAGCGAUUCGAGGGGGACAUCGGCCCUUCGAUCAAGUCCCCUCGCCGAUCGCAGGACUUCAGCUGCACUCAUCCCGAAAGAAAACAUUACGCCCGAGGUCUGUGCGUGAGCUGCUACCAAAGGUGGCUGCGAUACCGCAACCUGGCGGAGGACGACACGGCUGCCGUCGCGGGCGCCCCACCGCUCACCGGCAAGAAACGGCCGCGUACCCCGACCUCCAGCAGCGGGGGCAACACGCCAGUACCGCCGGAGGUUGCGGGGGGGAGCGCCGAGUCGAGUUCGGGGAGAGAGGAGGGAGCUGCGGUCGCUAGCGGGAGGGGGAGAGGGAGGGGGAGGGGGAGGGGGAGGGGGCGGCGCAAGUCUUCUCCGUCGCCUACGUCGCCGCCGCCGGCGGUGUUCUCGCCGACCCCCGGCGUUCCGCCUGCCGGGGCGACGGCUUCGAGGCCGAAGGGCGGUGCUGAGGGCAAAGGACGGCAGCGAGAGCAGCAAGAGGAGGAGGAGGAAGAGGAGAAGGAGGAAGAGGACGAGGAGGCGAAGGAGGGAGAGGAGGACGAGGAUGAGGAGGAGGGGGGAAAGGAGGAAGAAGAGGAGGAGGAGGAGGAAGGAGGCGAGGAAGAGGACCAAUCCACGGGGGAUGGGGAGACCGCAGGGUCUCGGGCUUCGCGAGAUAUGUCGGUAGAUUCGGCGGAGGCGGGUGAAGGAAAGGGCAAGAGGAAAGCAGCGUCCAGUGGCAGCGGCGGUGGAGGUUCCAACCAGGGCGAAGAGGAUGAGGAGGAGAAGGACGGUGAGGGGGGCGAUGAUGAUAGUGGUGUCGACCCGGCCGACUCAGGCGAAGGUAAACCGGAACAAGCAGUGGAUAAGUCAGAAGCGGAGGAGGAGGACGGGGAGGAGCAAGACAAGGAGGAAGAGGAGGAGAAGGGGGAAAAGGAGGAGCAAGGGGAAGCGGAGGAGGCGGAAGAGGAGCAGCAGCAGUCGUCGGCCGCACCGGACCAGGGCGGAGAAGGAGCGGCGGCGGCAGCGGCAGCAGAGAGCGGCGGCGGCGGCGGCGGCGGCGCGGACGAGGCGGAGGCCGACGGUGUCAUCCCCGCCCGCCGCUCCAAGCGAGCGAGAAAGGAGAAGUCCACGUUCGGGGACAGUCCGGAGCGGCCAACCGCUGCAGCCGGUCGCGGCAGCAGCGGUAGCGGGAGAGAAGCCGCAGGAAAGGAGAAAGGCGCGCCGCGACCGUCGUCAUUCUCCCACAGCACCCACACGAGCCCGUUCUCGACGCCGACACGCUCGGCACCGGAGUCGUCGUCCUCAGCGCCGGCGGAAGCGGAAACGGAAGCGGAAGCGGAAGCGGAAGCGGAGGAGUCACCGAAGACAGCAGCGUCGGAUGAUAGCGGUGGCAACGGCACCGCCGCCACCGCCGCCGCCGCCGCCGCGGAAAGCACACCGGCGUCCAAAGAGACCGGUGGCGGUAGUAGCGGGGGCGGGACCGAGAUGACGGCGCGCGAGCGCCGAGAGUGGCGGCGUGCCCAGGCGGCGGAGAGGGCGCGGGAGCUCCGCGCGAGGGGACGGAAGCUGUCGCCGGUGAGCCGGCCGCUGGGGAUGGACCGGGACGGCAAGGUCUACCUCCUCUUCCGCGGCGACCCCGGCGCGGUGUACGCGGGAGCGUUGCCGGAGGGGGCGGUGGCGGCGCUGCGGAGGGGCCGCGGGAAAGGGCGUGUCGGCCGGCCCCCGGCCUACGCCACGGCGGCGGCUGGGGCGGGGCCGAAGGAGGGCGGCGAGGGGGAAGAGGAGGAGAAAGAGGCCGCCGGGGGUUGGUCGGUGUUCCGCGGGGAGGCCGUGGAGGAACUGGCCAAAACUUUGCACUCCAGCCCCAUUCGCAGCGAGUCGCGCUUGGCGAAGGAGAUCAGUACCCAGCUAAACAUCAGCCUCAAGACCGUCCCGGAGGGGGAAGAAGAGGAGGAGACUGAUGGAGAAGGGGGUGCCGGAGGGGGCAAGGAGGUGGCGGGUGGGGCCCGCGGCGGUGCCGGCGGGCGGCGAGGGGGGCGCGGCGGCCACGGCAGUCGGGGCUCUGGAUCGACAAGACUGGUGCGGCGUUCGGAUUCCGGCCAGCCAUGGCACCAGCCGGUAGACUGCUCGAUUAGAGGGGCCCCGGUGGAUCAAUGCCAGGUCUGCCAGGGGUCGUGCAUGUUAUUCGCCAGCCGCCGACUGAAGGCGGCCUCGGCGGCGGCGGGGGGUCUGGGGGCUACUGCGGAAGGGGCGGGCUCAUCCACCCCAGCCGCGAAGCGAUCCAAAGGCGGCAGCGGCGCUUCAAGGACCGAGGUAUCUUCGAAGAAGAAGGGAAAAGGCGGCGGCAACCGCGGUGGAGCGGAGGAGCCCGUCGGCCGCGAACCCGAGGCCCAGGUCAAGGAAGGGAAGGUGGACGUGUCCGGGCUUAGGAGCGCCGUCCUGCAGUUGGCGGAGGCGGUGCCGGAGAAGGCUUGGAAGACCGGGCAGUGGAGGAGGGUUUCCUAUCCGGCAUGGAGGGCGUUCGUGCUGGUUGCGACGGGGCCUAGGGAGCUCAUGCAGGCGCUGCUGAUGAUGGAGGCCGGCAUCACGAAGGAGUGGCUGGCGAAGUGGUGGAACAAGGGGUGGGCCUCCCCCGCGGUCGCCAUGAGGGUGGUCACGCUGCAGUCCGUGGCCUACCGAGCCUACGCGCUUGAUGCCGCCGUGCUGUACGAGGGGUCUUCGCGGGGGGGAACCAACGCCAACGCACCCCCCCCUCCCUCCGGAAAGAAGAGGGGGCGCCCAAAAAGCUCCCCAUCUUCGGGGCCCCCCAAGGGCGCACGCCUGUUCAAGGGCGUCCACGAGGCCACUUGCUCAAUAUGCGGCGAGGGCGGAGCUCUGAUCUGCUGUGACUACUGCCCGGCGUCCUUCCACAUGGAGCCCUGCCUCGACUUGGCCAAGGAUCCAGCGGGCCCGUGGGCGUGCCCCCUGUGCAGAGCUGGGACCCCGAAGCCGGUGAACCCGAAGGCAGCGAGCUUAAAGGGAGGAGGAAAAGGCGGCGGCGGGAGAACGCCGAACAAGAAGGGCAACAACUAAAAAUAUUGUUUGGUUGAGAACCUAAUUAUUUAUUUUUUGCUGGACUUGUAAAUGAGAGAGGGAGGAGUCCGCGCGACGGGCGGUGAUCAGGCCGCUGCUUUGGGUGUGUUUGUGGUACACACAUCUAACGACACACGGAACGCACACAUGCAUGAGCGCUGAUUUUGCGUCCGCCUCCCCUCUCUGGGGAGAAGUAUUGAUGUAAAGCGACUCGUCUCGUUCUUGAAGAGAGCAAGCAAAGGAACACAAAGUGUGCGCGGCUGUGCAAUGUGAAGUACUUGACGACAUGUUUUCUACUGUAGACCCCUGCCAUAUGCCUAGGAAUACGGGGCACAGAAAGUCGGGUUCUCGCUGUCUUGAAUUAUUUUUCGCCGGCCCGCGGGGGGUUGGGGGGUUGGGGCGAAGAUUGCUCGCCCGGAAUCAAUCAGGGUUUGGAGGCGUGUUUGAGGAUCUUGGCUUGGCGGGGACAGUUUUACC